GAUUCCAGUGGACCACGGUGUGAACAUCAGUGGAGAGAUGAUGAAGAUGGAAGUCAGAGCCACGCAGCUCUUCUGUGCUCUGCCCUUCUCCCCCCCUCCUUCCGGACACAACAGUCAGAUUCUCUACGUCCUCAUCCCCCUGGUGGUCCUGUUUUUGUGCUCCUUUGUCCUUUUCCUGAUCUACAAAAAGAAGACCCGCCCCAACACUAAAGUCCCAGACGCUAUGAAAAUCAAUAAAACCAACAGUGAGGCCCCGAGUCUGGAGGAGGGGACGAGGCCUGAUUUCGUGACACACAUGGAGCCUUCGUCUCCGACUCCUCUCCUCUCACAUGAACAGACCACAGACUUUACUGCACCUGUUCGCCCCGACACUCAUUGCAACGAGUUCAUUCCCUUCGGAAGGAACCGUGAAGCUGUUCAGGGUGACGGGGAGGCGGAGCCAGACGCCAGUGUUAAUGAUGACGGUGACCGUGAUGACGACGGUGAUGAAGGACAGGGCUACAGGGGAGGCAGCGGUCUGGAGGAAGAUGAGGGUGAGAACACCUCUGAGGGCCACUCUGGAUACGAGCGUCGGAAUUGUUUAGUGGACUUGGAUCAGAACGACUUGGAUCAGAACGACUUGGAUCAGAACGACUUGGUCGACGGCUGCAACGCCUGAAGGUGGAGCCGAUGGCCAAAAAUGUUAGGUCAAUCUGUGCUCUUCCCUGGAACCCAUGGAAAAAAUUUAGUUGCAUGAAAAGGCCUGCAGGGGGAGCUUUCGCUUAUCUAUCUGCUGGCUUCAUUUUCUUUCCGUCACAUUGUGGAUUACUUUGAUUUUGACCUGGAGAUGGUUGCCAUGGAAACAUGAUCUUCACCAUGGAACCGAUUCAUCUUACCGUGUGGACCAUGCCCUUUGUGUUUAUGUUACUGACUGUUUCACACUGUUCUCUGGGUCAACAAAUACACCAGAGAGAGCGAGGACAGCCGUGGGAUUGGCCGACUGACAGAUCACAGAUGGUGAAAUACCGUUUUUUAUUUUUACUUUACUUUUUUUUUUUUAAAUUAAUGGUCAAUUGACUUUCGGGCCGCCACAGUCUCUGAAGUGGAUGUGAAAUGCUGGAGGUCAUGUACAGAAAAGUAAAGUUGUCGUCAUCACAAAAUUCUCCUAAAGAACUGCAGAUGAAACGUUUCCCACCAACUUGGCUCAGUCACAGGUUCAACUCCUGGUGGUGACUGGAGUGAUGAACCAAAUGAAAAUGGUUCCUUUGAACCAACGUUCUGUCAAAUACAGUCCUUGUUCCGUAGUUCCAUUCCAUCCGUUGGCAGUUAGCCAACAUCGCUCGUCCAAACGUUAGUGAUAUAAUUAAGUAGCCCACGGUCCGACUGUUAGCCUGGUAGAACACGGUGACGUUCUUCUUGAAGAUGGUGUUUUCAGGGUCAGGUUGCUGUUCUGAACGACACGGUGGCUCUACCACCGCUUCAAAUUCUCUGUGGAGAAGAAGUGGGCGGGGCACACAGUGGCUGAUUACCAUUUAAAGGUAAAGGCACCGGUCGUUCAGAACACGUAUGUGUGGAGAGUCCAGCUGUGGUCACUGCUUCAGUGUAUUUUUUUUUUUUUACUGUUGUGUCUUGACCUCUGACCUCCAUGACCUCAUCCAGCUUUUUAAAAAAACAAAAGACUAACCGACUGAUUCUUGCUCUAUAGUGCCUCCAUCUUUGUUCCACCUCAGGUCUGACCUACAGCUGACUGAAAGAUUUGAGUGAAAUGAGAUAAAAGUCCUUCAUUUCCACACUAGGCCUUAAUCUGCAUUAAAACAUUCCACAGUGAAACUAAGCUUUUUAAAAAAAAGCUGAUUUGCACAUUUUAAUGAUUGUUUCAAACAUUCAAAAAAAAAAAAAAAUCUAUUAGCAUUAACCUUAAACUUCUGGAAUGUUCUCAUUGUUGAAACAUUGCAAUUCAUUAAAGCAAAUAAUCAUUUCUCCCCUUCGUUCACCCCCACCUGCUGGUUAAACAGGGGAAGAACAUUAAAAGAGGAACAAAAAAAAAAACAGUUUUCACCAAGUGGAAACUAAAAACUGUUUUGUUUUAUCUCUGUUGUUUUUGCACUAACACUGCACUGGAGGAUGUGAUGACUGAGGGUGACAAGUGUGUGUGUGUGUGUGUGUGUGUGUGUGUGUGUUUACUUUGAUAUUGUUUGUUCAAAGAUUAUAUUUCACAUUAAGAAGCAGCGCUUCUGUUGUCGUCACCGUCUGCUGCAGCUCAUGCCAAACUUCCUUCACUCUGGACAAUUAAAAAGAAAUGUUUAAACACAGUUUGACUGAACAUCUGUGUGUUUUUCACACACACACAGCCCUAAACUCCACACUGUUCUGAGCUGUUCAAGAAAAACUUUUUCUGUUUCCUGCUGUAGUAUCAGCGUCUCAGCUCAGGAUUUAUGUCCUCUAAAAACUGCUGUUUAUCGUCAGGGGAAAGUCAUAAAGUAACGCCGAUGUGGAAACAACAGCGGGUCGGUUGACGGUCGGAAAACUGAGGGAAGGGAAGUUGAUAUUUUGAGUGUUGACCCAGGUUGUUGGCACGACUCUGUCAUGUUAUGUUACAGUUAAUGCCAUGAAGCUUCAUGACAUUUAGGUCGUUCCUUCCUCUGAAGCCAGUGACGGGAGCUGAGGAGGAAGACCUCUCUGUGGGUGGGUGUAUGUGGGUGUGUGUGUGUGGGUGUGUGUGCUGCCUUCCUCUCUGACCCCUGUGUGUGUGGGUGUGAGGAAACAUCACAGUUUCGGAAUCGGAACAGACAGUAUUUCUGGUCAAAACAGAAACAGGUUCAUCUGGAUUAUCAGCCCAGAUUAUCAGCCCAAUUCCUGGAUAUUUCCAAUGACCGGGGAUUCCACAGAUACAUUUAGUCGACCGUAGAUUUGCCGGACUAAAACUAGACUAAGACCUACUAAGUCAUCCACAGUACUAACUCAGUGAAGUUGCGGUGUACAGUACGCAGCAGUACACAGCAGUACACAGCAGUACGCAGCAGUACGCAGCAGUACACAGCAGUACGCAGCAGUUACAGUACAUCAGGUGGCUCAUCUUCCUGCUUCAGGUGAAGCUGAGUUCCUGUUACUGUUUGUUUCAGUGCUUCCAGUAAAAAACACAGGCGAGAAAAGUGUGUCAUUGUGGAGCCGGUCCGACCGGAGUCUUAACCCUCAGGGGACUCAGGGGACCUGCGGAGGGGAAAGCCAGAAGUCACAUGACUUCGCUGCACUCACUGGUAAAAGAUCCUGGUCCAGUUUCAGGAACGUGACAUUUACCGUCAUAAAAACCAUUUAAAUGAUUCGUCAUAUUUUCGUUGAGUUUAAGCACAGCAGGAUCAGUGGGGAGAGAGCAUGCCUACCUUUCAAAAGGUCUGAGGUUUAACUCCAGAAUGAGUUGAACAUUUAUCUCCAAGGUUCUGGUCCCAGCUCUGUACCAAAACAUAAGAACGUGUGUUUUAGUUUCCUGACAGACGUGACCGACCUGCAGGUUCACCUCGCGGAAAAUGUCUCCGUGUUUUCGUACUUUUAUAGCGUACACGCUGCUGUAUUUCUUGUUUUUUUGUGAACUAUCGUCAGCAGAGUCAGGCACUUUUCUUUUCAUAAAUAAAUAAAUACAUAAUGUAAAAGCCUAAAUGAUCAGUGUAAAUAUAUUGUUACUUUAUGGUUAAAAAGACUGGAAACUGAAGCUGCAGAGUUAGCUGCUCUGGACUCGACUGUGACUUGUCAGUCUUUGACUCGGGACUUGAGGGCAAAGACUUGAGACUUGCAAAACAAUGACUUGGUUCCACCUCUGUCUCUCACACACACAUCUUGUUUCCUAAAGAAAGUUUUUUUAUUUUGAGGAUGAAAGUAUAAAAAAAAAAUUUAUUUAAAUUUUGUUUCUUCUUCCACGAGGUGUGGUUUGACUUACUAUCCCGUCAGUGAAGGCACCACGAUAAUGUACAUAUAAGGACAGGAGGUUUGAAACGUGAUGCCUGCUUACACACACACACACACACACACACAUACACAUACACACACACAGAGGAAAAAUAGGAAGUUAACGACAAUUUAAAGGGAUCAUCCCUGCACAGGAGCUCAGUGUGUGUCACAGCCUGUGUGUGUGUGAGGUGUGUGUUGGUUGUUCUUGAACUCUGAUCAUCCACAGCAUCAACACCAUGACCACAGCCUGGAUCCUGCUUCAUCUGAGCGUCUGUGUCACAGCACGAGUGAUUCUGGAUCCUCCAGCUCAGGUGGAGUUCAAGUCCGUGGACUACGUCAACAUCCUCCACUGGACCACAGCAAACUACAGCCACAACAACAGCCACAACAACAACAACAAUUCUCUGAAGUACUACGUCCAGUGGAAGAUUUAUGGAGAAGCUCAUUGGUUGGAUGUGGACAGUUGUCAGGGGAUCUACACCCACCACUGUGACCUGACGGAGGUCACCGCAGAGUCCAGGGAGUGGUACUACGCCAGAGUCCAUGCUGCCUCCCCCCCGUCCUCUAAAUCAGCCUGGACCAUGUCCCGCAGGUUCAGCCCACGUUGGGACACCAGGAUCAGUUCUCCAGUCCUGAGGGUCAACGUCACAGACCAGGGGAUGACGGUUCAUGUGAGACCUUCACAACAUCUGGUUCACAAGAUCCACAAAAAUCUGUUCUACAAGAUCUUUCUCAAACACAACAGUGGAGAAGAGGAAUUGUUUGAAAUGUCCUGCUGCUCCAAGAAACUUGUCCUGAAGAACCUGGAACACAGGACCAAGUACUGCCUCCAGGCCCAGACCGUCGUCCCCCCAUUCAUGAGCAGCAGUCGCAGCUCUCUGGAGUGUGACAUCACACUCUGAUGACACAGGUACACACACACACAUUUCUUCAUGGUUGAUGGUCACCGUACAUUAAAAGAACAUUUUACAAAGCUACAAAUUUUUGAAUUUCUUUUCAAAAUUGUAUCUUUUCUGCAUGUUUUUCAUCAAACUAGAACAUUUUGAGAAUUUUUUAGAAAAAAAAAUGAAAUUUUUAGGUAACAUCCUAGCAUUACAUGUCAUGUGGUCACAUGGUGAAAAAUUAUGAUGAACAUUUUUGAAAAAAAAAAUCAAAUUUUUGUCUUUUCUGCAUCUUUCAUAUCAAAAAAGAGCAUUUCUAAAAACAUUUUUUUUUAGACAUUUUUCAGUAAAAUCCUAAUUUCAGGUGUCACGUGGUCACAAGGUGAACAAUUAUAAAAUGAUUGAUGAUUUUGUGUCAUUUUUGGUCAAAAACUAAAAGAUUUUGAGAAAAAUCUUUGUAAAAUUAUUUUUUUUCACGAUGGUA